AACCUUUAGAAUGUUUGUUGACAUCAGCUGACGCUCACUCAACUUUCGAUGUGAUCUCUGCUUUAAGAAAUGGAGACACAGAUAAAGAAAAACACAUGUACAGACCACGUGUCAAGGUUAUCCUGCCAACCACCCGAGGCCUCCUCCCUAGACAGGUUGUUCAAGGAAAUUGAUACAGUCCUGACGUUUUCAUUACAAAACAUGAUGUUUAGAGCCAUACCGGCAACUAUCUUUUCUUGUUCAUUCAUGUUGAUGUUUGGCAAUCUUGAGGUUUUUUCAAAAAAUGAGAGUUGUAGAGCAUUUGUUACGAUUUGUGUGUUCUGCGUAUUCCUGAAACUGUUUAUCUCAUUUUGGAACGCGUUGGAAUGGUCCGAACCAGAUUUGCCAAGGAAAGUAAAGUCCAAAGAAUUGAACGCAAACAACGAGGAAGAGAAAUUUAAUGAAGGCAUCAAAAGAAAAGCUUUCGACCUUAAACUGGAUAGCGUUAUUCGUCGCUAUGCCUGGAGGAAGCUGCUAGAACACUCCAGGCAGCUCGAAAGAGAUUGUCAAGAGAUGGACAGGAAAUACUUUACUUGCAUUGUGGACUGGACGGCCAUCACAUUCAAGCACGAGGUCACCAAGUUUUCUCCAAAGGUCAAGGACGGAACUGUGAUCAAAACCUCCCGAGGAGACUUACAAACAGGCGAAAAAUGGGUGACGCUUUGGUCCAGUUGUUAUGAAAACCUAUCGAAAAUCAAACAAAGUCACAUUUUUAGAGGAUCACGUGAUACGACCACAUGGGUAGAGGUGGACCUAGAACGAUGUUACACGGUCAACGAAGAGGUGGAUGUCAACUUUAACCUGCAUCUAGUCCCAUAUUUUUUUAACGCCGAAAAUACCGUAAGUAUCAACAAGUUCAAAGGUCAAGUGUUCCAUGAAACCCUCGCCUGGGAGAUAAACACGGAGGUUGAAGUUGAGCCAUCGUCUCGAGCCAAUGCUCAGCUGUUAGCGAGACAAGAGUGUUCUGUCGUGGAGUUUGAGAUUCGAACCACUUUGUCAAGUCCUAAAGGUGUAGUCCCUGUUACCUUUAAACACAAAGACGAAGACAUCUCGUUUGUGUUAAACAUUGAAGACUUACAUGAGGCUUUUCAGCUUGUAGAAGAGGGCGGAGUUCUUAGACCUAAAGAAAACAGGUGUGUGGAGCUGAUUGAGGAGAAGUGGCUGGACGAAGAUGGCGUGGAGCAAUCUACCUCCCAACCCCAGAUCAUCGCCCGGGGCACCUGUGUCUGUCUCAGCUGGACUGACCAGAAAGUGGACAUCAAGACCAGUCCAUUGUCAAUGGACGAGUCCACUUGUGAUGGGGACCACAACAUGAACAAGACGCCAGUCUGUUACACUGAAGAAGACACAGGCGUUGACUCCUUUGUUGUCGUCGAUUAACCAAAUAUAUGUUCACUGGUCUAAUUGAUGCAACAUUUUUAACAAGAGCCAUAUUUAUUAACGUAAUUAGGCAUGCCUAUUUAUGAAUUUUGUUUUUAAAUCUAGUUUCAACGAUUUUAAAUGUUAUUAAAUUUCAAAAACACUAGCAGUACUAAAAACAAAUCUUUAAAGUAUUGCAUUAUGUGCAUACUAUUUUCUAAGAUAUACAUUUUUUUUUUACAAAAUAUGUAUUAGUAUUACAUUAACUGUUGGAUAUUAUCUGAAGUUUAAUUAUAAAUAAAUGCCGAUAAUUGAAUAAUGAAAUGUGUCUGUAUUAUCGUCUUCUACUUUAAAUAA